AUGAUUCAACCUCAGACCCAUUUAAAUGUAGCGGAUAACAGCGGGGCUCGAGAAUUGAUGUGUAUUCGAAUCAUAGGAGCUAGCAAUCGUCGAUAUGCUCAUAUUGGUGACGUUAUUGUUGCUGUGAUCAAAGAAGCAGUACCAAAUAUGCCCCUAGAAAGAUCAGAAAUAGUUAGAGCUGUAAUUGUGCGUACCUGUAAAGAACUCAAACGUGACAACGGGAUGAUAAUACGAUAUGAUGACAAUGCUGCAGUUGUUAUUGAUCAAGAAGGAAAUCCAAAAGGAACUCGAAUUUUUGGUGCAAUCGCCCGGGAAUUGAGAGAAUUAAAUUUUACUAAAAUAGUUUCAUUAGCUCCCGAGGAAGAAUCCGACAUAGUUUUAUACGGAUACUGCCAGGAGAUAGAGUCAAAAUUGAAGUAA